ACCGCCUCCACCUCCUCCUCCUCCGCCUCCAGUGACCCUGUGACACUACCGUACAUGGCUUGCGGUCGCCGUCGCCGGAGAGAAGAUGGAGGUGUCGACCCAGAUAUGGCGACUGGGCCUCGUCUUGAGAGUCCUCACUUCUUCAAGAUCAUUCUCUCCGACACCCUCGAAUCUGGGAAGCUCGGAAUUCCGAAAAAAUUCUUAGGAAGAUAUGGGAUGGAUCUCUCAAGCUUGGUGCUACUCAAGGUUCCAGGCAGUUUGACCUGGACUAUAGGAGUAGAAAAGGGUAACAAUGGCAUGGUUUGGUUGUGGAAAGGGUGGCGAGAAUUUAUGCAGCAUUACUCCGUUGGUCACGGUCACCUCGUAGUUUUCAAAUAUAAAGGGAACUCUGCUUUUCGCGUGAUAAUAUUCGAUAAGAGUGCUUCAGAGAUCAAUUAUUCAUUGAGCAGCAUAUCAAACCUCAGGAGUGGAUUUAUCUUGCCGAAGAGGGAGGAUAUUGUAGAAGUUGAAGAUUCAGAGGAUUUUGCUCCUCGUCAAAAAAUGAGGGUCAAACCACAUUCACCAUGUUCUCAGCCGAGUCCAAGCUGCUCAUCAAAAGAUCUCGAAGAAGGGAUCGGACGGUCUAGAUGCAGAGCUAGCCAUCCUGAGCCGAAUUUUGGUGGUCCUAUGAGUUCGUGGCCUCUCCGUAGUUUUGAAUUGGCCAGCAAAGUUGACUCAGAGUAUCCUUUUUUCAAGGUGAUGAUCCGGCCAUCUUAUAAUGGACAUCAUGUAGUGAAUGUUCCUCGUGGGUUCAUAACGCAGCACAUUCAGGAAAUCAAGGAAAUCGUGACUCUCAGGCAUUCAAAUAGAACAUGGCCUGUGAAGCUUAGGAGCUAUCCAAGUGGGUUGAUGCAGUUCUCUUCUGGUUGGAUUGCAUUUGUGAGAGGAACUGGCUUGCGUGCAGGAAAUGUCUGCGUGUUCGAGCUAAUCGAUAGAGAUGAUAUUGUGUUCAGAGUCUACAUUUUCAGCAGUGCAGGCAGGAACAAACAGUCUAAAUGCAGAAUGAACCAUUUGGAGCCAGUGUUUUGUGAUCCCACUACUUCGAGGCCUCUCACUACUCCUGAAUUAGUCAGCAAAUUUGAUUCGGAGCAUCCCUUCUUCAAACUGGUGAUACGUCAGUGUCAUUUUAGAAAAUUGCAUGUUCCCGGUCAAUUCGCCGAGCAACAUAUUAAAAAAAACAAGAGAAAGGGAACUCUUAGGUAUUCAGACAGAUCGUGGCUGGUGAAUCUCUCAAGAUAUACGAAGGAAACCCGAGUGUUCUUUUCUGCUGGUUGGCCUGCAUUUGCAAGAGAAACUCAUAUGCGUGUAGGAAAUGCCUGCGUGUUUGAGCUCAUUGAUAGGGAUGAUGUUGUGUUCCAAGUCUCCAUCUUCAGUAGUGGUGGCAGGUACAAACGGUCUAAAUGCAGAGUGAACCAUCUUGAGCCGGUAUCUCGUGAUCCUACUCCUCCGAGGCCUCUUGCUACUCCUGAAUUAGCUGGAGAAUUUGAUUCGGAACAUCCUUUCUUCAAACUGGUGAUACGGCAGUGUCAUUGGAAAACGCUGGUACAAUCUUUGAGCCUAGUCCAUCAUUGCCACAUCUCAAUUUCGAUUACGAUUGCUAUUUGAAUCUUGCCUCAAUAUUGUGUUUUCCCUGGUUGAUUUGGUUUCUAUUGGAAACCAUAUGACAUGAUAUUGUUCUUCGAGUGAUCGUGUCGCAUCCCAAUGGUGGAGUAACACGGAAUUAGGAAAAAGAGUAGGAAAAACACAAGUAAAAGAUGGUAAUUAGGUCAGGAUUAUCCAUUUACUUGGAUAUCCUUGACAAGCUGCUCCAUCCCUAUCCAAGUGAAAGGAUGGACAGUCACUUGAAUCGACUACGACCUAAAAUGGCAAUUAAUGGGCAGUCAUUUGUUUGAAAAUGCAUUACAUUGUGGGUUAAGAUCGACGGCUUUAAUGAGCCUCUUAAGACGGUCGAUUAAAGCUCCUGAAACUCGCAAAUAUGGCCUUGGGUGCUUUUUUUCCAUGAGUGUAUGCUUACAUCAUUGUCCUUUCAGCAUAGAUUGGUUGUUCAAAAAUGUAUGCAUUUGCAGAGUGUUCCCGAUCGAUUCAUCAGGCAACAUAUUCAAGAAAACAAGCGAAUGGCAACUCUAAGGUAUUCAGACAGAUCGUGGCCGGUGGAGUUCUUAAGAUAUAAGAAUAGAAAGCUAGCGUCGUUCUCCGCUGGUUGGACUGCAUUUGCAAGAGAAACUCAUUUGUGUGUUGGAAAUGCCUGCGCAUUUGAGCUCAUUGAUAGGGAAGAUAAUGUGUUUAAAGUCUCCAUCUUCAGAUAAUGCUGUUCGCAGCAUCGAUAUAAAUCCAGGACGCCUAAUUGUACCUCCUACAUCCAGCAAUGGUGAAUCGAUGAAAAGGCGACUCCUUUUGUGUUCAUGUUUUCUUGUUUUUUGGUGGUAGUUUGGGUUCUAUAGUUCCAUAUUUUGGGAAGAAUCCCUCAAACUUGGCGCUUCUUUAAGGUUUCUGGUUGCUCAGCUGACCUCAAGGGUUCAUAUGUACUUUCUUAACCUCUUGUGUUUGACCAAAGAGUCCAUGCGUUAACCUUUU